CUUUUGAUACAGAGAACUGACUCUUGUAUUAUGUUGAAUAAAUAUUUUCUUCAAUCUUCAUAGGCACCGUCAUGUCACGUUUAAACCUAAAAGAGACUAACUCCCAAUAUCGCUAAUGAUUGUCAUUGAUGUUGCGUGAUAAUUUGCGGGUCUUCGUGUGAACGAGUUGACUAGUUUCCUUUCCGCCAGGCUCCGUCUCUACAUGUUACAAAGUUGACGCAGCGCACAGAGAGUCGGCAACCAGCAGUACAUUUUAUUUAAAUGUAAGUUUUAUUUUGCGAUUAUGAUUUAUAUAAUGUUCUACUGGACAUAGAGACAUAUUUCCAUUAGUGAAUACAAAAAACUUUUGGUUAAAAUCUAUUUCCGGUGUUGCUACGGUAACAGUUCAAAACAAGUUCAAGACCCGGCUCCUACGAUUCUUCGUUGACAGAAGCGUAUCGUUGCUAUCUCAGUUGUUAUUUUAACAGAUUUCAGAGACCUGUUUGAGUUCAAACGUCUUCAUUAUUUCUGCAGACAGGUUUCUGUUGUUGUGAUCGAUUAUCUGGAUUCUACAGUUUUUCCUGUGUUUCACCUUGAUCUGGUGCAAAGAUCAACUCUAGAGGUAUUCUCAUCUAAACAACACACAUAAUAAUGACAUGUCCCACUUCAAAACACAAGAACUCUAGCUUUUACAUUCAUCAAGGCAGGGUUUUUAGAUCAGUUCACUUUCCAGGACAUGGAUUGUCAUCUAAAAUGUCCAACAGAUUGUUUUAAAAUUUGGUAUAUAUUUAUAUAUAGUUGAUAAAAUGAUGAAAAUGUCCUCAUGCCAAUUGUCUCCAUCAAAAUCCCUGUAUAAGUACACAAUGUAAACCACUCAUGUAAACAAGCUUAACACGUGUCAAUACCUGUAUUUUGUCCUUUGUGUGAAAUGAAUCUAAAUAAAUCCCACAUUGAUACUUCAGAGACAUGCUGUGUCCCAGUGAGAGUUGGGUGAACCUGGAUUACCCUCCCUGCCCCGACACUGAUGCUGUCAUCCCCUCCAGUCCUACAAUGAGGUCCACCAGCCUAAUAUGCCCCACCCCUAGGUCCUCCAUCUUCUACAACAGCAUCCUACAACAGUUUGAACAACCUAUUUCCUUCCCAUCCUUCAUCCCAAGCGAGUAUCUGAAUAUUCAUAAUGCAGGUUUUUUCAGUCCAAAUACCAGUGUGCUUCAUUCAGACUAUCCUAAAUUUACUUCUAACUGUACUGACACUAAUGACCUUCCUUCUAUGUUUCAAUUAGAGAGCAGACAUGUCUUCCCCAGCCGAAAUCAUACAUCUCUCCCUGCCACCAGUGCAAGCAUAUUCCCAAGCCCAUGUGAUAUGUCCCUCCCUGCUGGCACCAGUGCAAGCCAAACCUCAAUCGUCGAAGAGUUUAUUGCUGAACUCUCACCACCUCAUUUCAUGCCUGUUACUAUUUGCAGUGAAUCAAGCCUGAGUCAGAACAUCAGCCAGACGUCAUUGGGUUUCAAUGUUUCCACCUUCCAGCCUCUUCAAGUUGACAGCACAUGCAGCCUACAUCAAGAAACAAUCAGCCAGACUUCAUUGGUCCUGGAUUUCGAUGUUUCCAGCUUCCAGCCUCUUCCAGUUGACAGUGAAUGCAGCCUGGAUCUCCCAACAAUUAGCCAGACUUCAUUGGGCCCGGAUUUUGAUGAUUCUACAUUCCAGCCGCUUCCAAUUGAUAGUGAAUGCAGCCUAGGUGAAGCAGCAAUCAGCCAGGCAUCAUUGGGCCCAGAUUUCGCUGUUUCCAGCUUCCAGCCUCUUCCGGUUGCCAGUGAAUGCAGCCUGGAUCUGCCAACAAUCAGCGAGACGUCAUUGGGCCCAGAUUUUGAUGAUUCAACAUUCAGGAAGCUUCAGGUUGACAGUGCUUGCAGCCUAGAUCAAGCAUCAAUCAGCCAGACGUCAUUGGACCCUGAGUUUCAUGAUUCCGCCUUCAGGCUGCCUUCAAUUACCAGUGCAUGCAGCCUAGAUGAAGAAACAAUCAGCCAGACGUCAUUGGGCCCAGAUUUGGAUGAUUCCAUCUUCAGCAGUGAAAGCAACCUGUCACAAGACUACAGCCAGACUUUGAUGAAAUCCAUUGUCAGCCCUGUUCCUGGGCGCAGUGGUUCCAGCAUGUCACAGACCAUCAGCCAAGUAUCAAGUAUUGAGGAUUUCAGUGAAUCUAUCCUCAUAGCCUAUUCCUUUCAGCUGUGAAUCCAGUCACAAGAUAUCAGCCAGAAUGAAUGAAAGUUUUGGCAAGAGCUCAAAAUAUACUAAACAUGUAAAAGCAGAAAGAUACAAUUUACUAUUACCAUAACCCCCCCACACUUCUGCACUUUUAAUGCCUGUUCUCAUGUCGUGUUUCUUUUGUAUUUUUACAGAUUUCUUCCUUGAAUUUGUCCCAGGAUAAUAAUGAAGGUUGCAGUGACUCUCCUGCUGUGAACCUUGGCUUCAUUUCAUUUCAGAUCUAUUUAUCACUUCAGACCAAGCUGUGUCCAGCAACAGAGAUCCAAGAUCUAGCUCCAGCCAAAACUCCAUCCACCUUGGUGACCCCUUCCUUGGCUCAGGACUCAAGAUUUAGUUUGAACUUCAUAUAUAUCUGUGUUCAAUAACAGUGACCCAGCUCCAGCAAAAAAUCCACCUGCCCUUCUACUCUUUCCAGAAACUCUUAAAUGAUUGUCUGCAUCCCAAAUACAACCUGCUGGAACCACAAUCUGAUUCUGUGAAAGAGAUUUGUCAGUGACAAGAUUCCCAGUCUAACGGGUAGCCAAUGCAGUUCUUUCAGGACCGUAGUUAUGUGGUUGGGAAUUAGGCAUUGUGUGCUGAGCCUGACGCCUGUAUUUAGCACACACUGUAUCUCGUUCAAAUGACUUUGCUGAAUGUCCUGCAGGAGAUAUUAUUAUUAGAUUAAAGCACAAAAUGCAGCAAAUUGGGUUUGGGUGAUCCUGGCACAGUCAGGCUGGUUAGGCUUAUCAUCAGCUCAGGGUUCUUGCCCCCUCUACACGCAGCCCAGACAGCAAAUGGGAAUUCUUCCAGGAAGCACUGCCUAGUCAAACCCACUAAGAAUGUUUUGGAGAAAGUGAAAACUCCUCAACACUGCAGUCUUCUGCAAUACACAUAUUGUCAGAAGGGCUUUAUUCCCAGGAACAAACCUGGGUACCAAUUUCAGUCAACAGAUUAGGAGGUACCAAACCUGAGGCACCGAGAACAAUGAGGAGUUGGACAACUUGGUUCUUGGGAUGUAAGCGUGACAUUUCGAAAGCGAGGUCUGCAUAUUUGCCAUGUUUUUCCUCCAUCUUGUCAAUCACAUUAGUGUCAAAAGAGACAGAAAAUU